AUGACUGAGACAGCACCCGCCGAAACUGCUCCUCCAGCCGCACCCGCCGCCGCAAAGAAGACUCCCAAGAAGAAGGCGGCUGCCCGGAGCAAACCAACCGGUCCCUCGCUGGGCGAACAGAUCGAUAAGAUCGUGGCGGGUUGUCACGAUAGGAAGGGUAUGUCCGGUGCGGCCAUCAUGAAGGCUCUGGCCGACAGCGGUGUCGAUGUGGCGAAACGUCGCCACCAGGUCAAAAUGAGCAUCAAGAGGAAAGUGGAAAGCGGCUCCUUGGUUCAGGCCAAGGGCUCGGGUAUUUCGGGAUCCUUUAAAUCCGGUAAAGGGAAAACUGCCGUGAAGGUGGUGAAGAAAGCGAACAAGCCAGCGGCAAAGAAAUCUCCCGACAAGAAGCUUGGCGCCAAGAAACCAGCGGCUAAAAAAGCGGGAGCAAAGAAACCAGCGACUAAAAAAGCAGGAGCAAAGAAACCAGCGGCUAAGAAAGCGGCAGCAAAGAAACCAGCGGCUAAGAAAGCGGCAGCAAAGAAACCCGCGGCUAAGAAAGCGGCGCCGAAGCCCAAGAGCCCCAAGAAAGCCGCAGCCUCGAAGACGAAGGCGGCCAAGAAGCCGAAGUCGAAAUCCGCGAAACCCAAGAAGACAGCAGUCAAAAAGUGAAUUGAGAAUCCACCAUUUGUGUGUAUCUGAACCCAACGGCUCUUCUCAGAGCCACCCACAUCUCAGAAAAGAGCUGAUUCGGAGUGUUGUGAUUCCCGCGCCGGGUCCGAUUGAGAACUUCUCAAUGGAACCCGAGAUUGCCGGUACCUCUGACAUUUGGUGCGGUGUCUGAAAUGAGACACGGAU